AUGGACGCGUCGACUGAGACAGCCGCACAGUCCGGCGCACUCGACGCGACGGCGCCCAGUCCCGCCGUCGCCGGCAGCAACAACGCCAGACCCGCGAGCAACGCCAUCGUCAGCAACACCAACACAGCAGCUGCAGCAGUAGCAGCAGCAGCAGUCGAGGACGACGACACGGAGGGCGAGGGCGAAGACGUUGCGCCGCGCUUUGAGGACUGGGCUGGUCGCUGGGACCAUAUUGACAAGCUGCUUGUGCGCCGCGGCCCGUUCGCUCAGCCGACCUUCGAGCCAUGCGUUGAGCUUCGAGACUUUCUGCUGGAACAGUGCCGCAUCUUGGUGAUUGGCGCAGGUGGUCUUGGCUGCGAAUUGCUCAAGGACUUGGCGCUGAGCGGGUUUCGCAACAUUGACGUGAUUGACAUGGACACGAUUGACAUUUCCAACCUCAACCGCCAGUUCCUCUUCCGCCAGAAGGACGUCGGCCAGUCCAAGGCGCUUGUCGCUGCAGAGUUUGUCAACCGCCGGGUUGCGGGCUGCAAGGUCACCCCCCACUUUUGCAAAAUCCAGGACAAGCCGGAGGACUUUUACCGCCAAUUCCAGCUCGUUGUCUGCGGCCUCGAUUCCAUCCCUGCGCGUCGGUGGAUUAAUGCGCUGCUCGUUAGUCUGGUCCAGUACAAUGACGACAAGGAGAUUGUUCCAGGCACCAUGAUCCCAAUGAUCGAUGGCGGCACAGAAGGGUUUAAGGGCCAAGCAAGGGUCAUUCUUCCUGGAAUGUCGUCGUGCUUUGAGUGCUCGAUUGACACCUUCCCACCUCAGACCACAUUCCCUCUUUGCACAAUCGCAUCGACGCCUCGUAUUCCCGCCCACUGCAUCGAGUACGCCAAGAUUGUCCUUUGGCCGCAAGCCUUCCCAGACCGUGCGUUGGACACGGACGACCCAGAACACAUCAACUGGCUCUAUCUGGAGGCGUUGAAGCGAGCCAAUGAGUAUGGCAUUCAGGGUGUGACGUACCGCUUGACACAGGGUGUUGUCAAGAACAUCAUUCCAGCUGUUGCGUCUACCAAUGCAGUGAUUGCCGCCGCGUGCGCCAGCGAGGCUUUCAAGCUCGCCACUGGCUGCAGCUCCCAGCUGAACAACUACAUGCAGUUCAACGGACAGGACUCGCUGUACACUUUUACGUUCGAGUACGAGCAAAAGCCAGACUGUCUUGUGUGCAGCAACAUUCCUCUCGAUUUCGCCUGCUCGGCGUCGGAGCCUCUUCGCGCUCUCGUUGAGCGCCUUUCCGAGCAACCAUUGUACGACCAAUUCAAGGCUCCUGGCAUCCGUGGAUUGGGCAAGACCUUCUACAUGUCCGCGCCGCCAAGUCUCGAGCUGUCGACGCGUCCAAACCUUGAUCGAACCCUUGCCGAGCUCGGUCUGCAAGACGGAGCCUUUUUGCAAGUUGCAGACGUCGCCGUCCCGCUUCCCGUCCAGCUCAAGCUUCAGUUCCGUCCUUAA